AUGACUUUCAGCAUUCCUGAGGCUAGAUCUCGCUUUCCAGCUCUGAACCAGGAACAGGUCUUCCUCGACAAUGCCGGAGGCAGCCAGGCUUUGGACUCGGUCAUUGAAUCUAUUUCGACCUACCUCUCGAGCACCAACGUUCAAUUGGGCGCCACCUACAAAAUAGCCAAAGCGUCAACCGCCGCCUACGGUCAAGGCUACGAAGCAGCAGCUAAGUUCAUCAACGCAAAGCCUAAGGAGAUCUGCCUGGGAGUUUCGACCACGCAGCUCCUUCACAACCUAUCGACCGCCCUUGACUUUCAGCCCGGAGACGAACUCAUUAUCUCGAAACUGAACCAUGAAGCCAACUCCGCCGCUUGGGAUAGAAUCGCCACGCGGCUGGGACUGACAGUGAGAUGGUGGUCGGCUUCCGACCGUCAGAAUCCCAUCUGUGACCCUGAGGAGCUGAAAGCGUUGCUCUCCAACAAGACAAGGCUCGUGGCGUUUCCACACGCCUCGAACAUCACCGGCACUAUCAGUGACGUCAAGCAGAUCACCAGAAUAGUGCAUCAGUAUCCCCGAGCCCUAGUGUGCGUCGAUGGUGUCGCACUCGCCCCACACCGACAGGUUGAUGUCAAAGACCUUGACGUUGACUUUUACGCAUUUUCUUGGUACAAAGUCUACGGACCUCAUAUGGCCCAACUCUACGCUGCAUCGCGGAUCCAUGACCAGAUCAGCCCUCUGUGCCACUAUUUCAAAUCUACAGAAACACUAGAUCUAAAGCUCAAUCUGGCCUCGGCAAAUUACGAGCUGACACAAAGCAUCCCUCGGGUUCUCGAGUACUUCGGUUCUGAUUUCUCUGCAGCGUGGGAUCAGAUCGCUGCCUUUGAGGAGAAGCUGCAGAAGAUCGUUUUGGACUAUCUGAACGAAGAGGAACCUAUCACAAUCUAUGGAGAACCAUCAGCAAGCAAGGAGCUUCGGGUUCCUGUCAUCAGCUUUGUGGUGAGGGGGAUCAAGAGUCAGGCUUUUGUGGAGGAGGUUGAGAAGCGAUCGCCGUUUGGCUUCCGAAGUGGGCAUAUGUAUAGUCACCGACUAGUCAAGGAUAUCAUUGGGUUGGAUGACAUUGAGGACGGCGUCGUGCGGAUCAGUAUGCUGCACUAUAAUACGGAGGAGGAACUCAAGUCGCUUGUGAAGGUGUUGCGGGAAGUCGUUGCCGCGAUAUAA